CUGUCUCGGCGGGUGCUCAAGGCUCUGCUUGGCGCGACUCGGCUCCGCUCUGCGCCAUGGAUGCCCUGUGCAGCUCUGGGGAGCUCGCCUCCAAGUUCUGGGACCCAAACCUGACAUUGCACACAGACAAUCCAGACCUCACCCCCUGCUUCCAGAACUCUCUGCUCGCUUGGGCCCCUUGCAUCUACCUCUGGGCCUCCCUGCCCUGUUACCUGCUCUACCUCCGGCGACGAAACCAAGGCUACAUCAUCCUUUCUGGCCUCUGUAGACUCAAAACGGCAGUUGGUGUCCUACUCUGGUGUGUGACAUGGGCUGAUCUCUUCUACUCCUUCUCUGGCCUGGUGAGGGGCUCCAUCCCAGCCCCCAUCUACUUUGUGACUCCCCUCAUCUUGGGGGUCACCAUGCUCCUGGCCACCCUGCUGAUCCAGUAUGAACGGCUGCGGGGUGUACGAUCCUCUGGCAUCCUGAUCAUCUUCUGGUUCUUGUCUUGUGUCUGUGCCAUUGUCCCUUUUCGCUCCAAGAUCCUCAUUGCCUUGGAAGAGGGUGAAGUCAAAGACACAUUCCGUUUUACUACAUUCUAUAUAUACUUUGCCCUUAUAGUCUUCUCGCUCAUCCUUUCCUGUGCCAAGGAUAAGCCACCUUUUUUUUCACCCUCUGUCAAUGUGAACCUUAACUCUUGCCCAGAGGCCAAUGCUGGUUUUCUCUCUCGUCUGACCUUCUGGUGGUUCACUAAGAUGGCCAUCCUUGGGUACCGACGGCCUCUGGAGGAGAAGGAUCUGUGGUCUCUGAAUGAAGAAGACUCUUCGAGAGUUUUGGUGCUUCGGCUGCUCAAGGAGUGGGAAAAGCAGAGAGUACAGGCCAAACAGUGAGGAAGCCCUUGCCUCUUGGAGAGUUGAAGUCAAUAGCUAACAAACAUUUACUGCAAGCAUUUAUUAAGUGCUUGCUUUGUAUGAAGCAGUGCUACGUGUAGGGUAAAAAGGAGGGAAGGGCCGUGAUCCUCAGGAAAGUCAGUUGGCUCCUUGGUAGUAGAGCCUGCUUCCAUUCCUUCCUUAGGUACCCCUCCCUUAGGAGGCUAGUUGCAUUUCUAAAAUGCCUAUUCCUUCUUAAGCCUGCCCUUUAUGGUCAUUUGAAAUAGAAUUUGUUGGCUAGCUCUCCUGAGUAAAAGGUCCCCCCACUCCUCUAAGAAUAGUUCCUGCCCCUGAGUCCCCUGAGUCCCCUGAGCCUGGAGUCCUAGUGACCUCAUUGGCCACUUCCUUUGACCUCAGGUCAGGGAGGGAGGCUAGACUCUCAAUAUUCCCUCAGAGAGGAAGGUGAGUCCCAAGAACAGGAAGGCUC